AUUGAAAUGUGGGUUGAUAUAUUCCCCAAAUCUCAUGGGAAGCCUGGUCCAUCUAUCAACAUUAGCCCUCGAGUACCAACUAAAUUUUUCUUAAGGAUUGUGAUCUGGAACACUUAUGAUGUUUUACUAACAGAAACAAAUAUUAUGGGUGAGCAAAUGAGUGAUAUUUAUGUGAAAAGUUGGAUAAGUGGAUUAGACGAUGUGCAGAAAACAGAUGUUCAUUACAGGUCAAUGGAUGGAGAAGGAAAUUUUAACUGGCGACUAGUAUUUCCAUUGGAAUAUCUUGUGACUGAGGGGCACCUGGUUGUAAAAAAAAAAGAACAUUUUUGGUCACUGGAUGUUACAGAACAUCACUUACCACCUAUUCUUUGUCUCCAGAUUUGGGAUAAUGAUACAUUUUCUUCAGAUGACUUGAUUGGUACUUUAGAAAUUGAUCUGAACUCCAUGCCCAUGCCAGCUAAAAAUGCUGCAAAAUGUGGCUUACAUCAGUUGGGUAUGGAAACAAAAGAAAGGAAGUUACUGAGCUUUAGAAAAAAGAAAAAUAGCAAAAAUGCAAAAUACAUCAACCUGUUUGAAAAGAAGAGGGUAUAUGGGUUUUGGCCAUGUUUUGGCAAUGAUCCUGAACAAGGAAGAAUUCUUGCUGGAAAAGUUGAGAUGGAGUUAGAGAUUUUAACAGAAGAAGAUGCAGAAAAGGCACCUGCAGGAUUAGGCAGGGAUGAACCGAAUGCUAAUCCAACUCUUGAGCCUCCAAACCGUCCAGCAACCUCUUUCUUGUGGUUUACAUCACCGUGGAAAUCAUUCAAACAUGUUGUUUGGAGAAACUACAAAAUGUAUAUCAUCACCAUUUUAAUUAUCCUUCUUUCAGUUUUACUGAUGGUUUUGUUCAUCUAUUCCUUUCCAGGAGCAAUUGCUACCAGACUGGUGACUCUAUAACUUCAAGGAAGAAUUGGGUCAUUUCAGUGCUUUCUUCUAUUAACAACACAAAACACUAAUCAAACAUGUGUUUUAUUAUAUGUUUCUGUGGAAAGUCAUAAACAAA